AUGGCCUUUCUGUUUGGUGGGAGAGGGCGGCAAAAGCAGCCCGCUGAGAUUGCAAGAUCAUUGAAAGACCUGCUUGUCAAACUCCACGAGCCGAAUCCGAGUCCCAAGGUAGAAGAAGAUGUCGCGAAACACAUGUCCCAGAUGAAAUUGAUUGUUCAAGGCACUCCUGAAGUCGAAUGCAGCCCCGAACAAGUCCACCAACUCGUGCACUGCAUCAUUCAAGAAGACAUCCUCUUUGAACUGGCAAAGUCCAUCCGCCUUCUGCCUUUUGAAGCCCGGAAAGAUGCACAGAUCAUUUUCUCCCACAUCCUUCGCUACAAAGCCUCCUCAACCAGUACCUCGUCACAGUCUGGUCAAUCGGAGCCCUCAGCGAUCUCCUACCUUGUACUUCAACGGCCCGAGAUCAUUAUUGAACUAUGUCGCGGGUACGAAUACCCCCAGUCAGCAAUGCCGUGUGGGACAAUCUUGCGACAGGCACUGGCGUACGACACAAUUGCGGCCGUGAUACUAUACGACGAAUCUCAGCCGGGUGAAAAGGCCGUGCGUUUGAAAGAUUUGGACGUCAGCCGCAAGCAAACAGGCAAGGGUGUGUUUUGGAAGUUUUUUGAGUGGAUCAAUAAAAGCAGCUUCGAGGUGUCUGCCGAUGCGUUUACGACGUUUAGGGAAAUCCUCACCAAACACAAACAACUCGUCUCGCAAUACCUCACGACAAAUUAUACCCUCUUCUUCACGCAAUACUACAAUCCCAUCCUCCUUCUGUCCCCCUCAUACGUCACAAAACGCCAAUCCAUCAAACUGUUGGGGGAACUUCUCCUCGACCGCAGCCACUACAUAAUCAUGACCCAAUACGUCUCCAGCGCCGACCACUUGAAACUAACAAUGACCUUGCUCAAAGACGACAGAAAGAUGGUCCAAUACGAGGCAUUUCACGUAUUCAAGGUAUUUGUCGCGAAUCCUAACAAGAGCGACGAGGUCAAGAGGAUCCUGGUCAAGAACCGCGGGAGGUUAUUGAGGUUCUUGCCCACAUUUUUGGAGGGAAGGACGGACGAUGAUCAGUUCUUAGACGAGAAGAGCUUCUUGCUCAGACAAGUGGAGAUGUUGCCUGACGAGGAGUCUCUGGAGAGGGAAAGGGGAAACAGCCAAAGCGGUGCGGCGGGAGAUGGAGGCGGGCAGGUCAGUGUCGGGGCAUAG